UGCUCCCACGUGGUUCCGCUUCGCCCCUGGCUGGGAUCGGCUGGCCUGCAGCCUCAGUGAUAGUCUUCCGCCAUGCAUCGGAAGAAGGUAGAUAACAGAAUCCGGAUUCUCAUUGAGAAUGGGAUAGCUGAGCGGCAGAGGUCUCUCUUUGUUGUAGUUGGGGAUCGAGGAAAGGAUCAGGUAGUGAUACUCCAUCACAUGUUGUCCAAAGCAACUGUGAAGGCUCGCCCUUCAGUACUGUGGUGUUAUAAGAAAGAGCUGGGGUUUAGCAGCCACCGGAAGAAAAGGAUGCGACAGCUGCAGAAGAAAAUAAAGAAUGGGACACUGAGCAUAAAGCAAGAUGACCCCUUUGAACUCUUCGUAGCAGCCACAAACAUUCGCUAUUGCUACUACAAUGAAACCCACAAGAUCCUGGGCAAUACCUUCGGCAUGUGUGUCCUCCAGGAUUUUGAAGCCUUAACUCCAAACUUGUUGGCCAGGACUGUAGAAACAGUGGAAGGUGGCGGGCUGGUGGUCAUCCUCCUACGGACCAUGAGUUCACUCAGGCAGUUGUACACGAUGACCAUGGACGUGCAUUCAAGAUACAGAACUGAGGCCCAUCAGGAUGUCGUGGGAAGAUUUAAUGAACGGUUUAUUCUGUCUCUGGCCUCUUGUAAGAAGUGUCUCGUCAUCGAUGACCAGCUCAGUAUCCUGCCCCUCUCCUCCCACAUAGCCAGCAUUGAGGCGCUACCUCCGAAGACUCCGGAUGAGAGUCUCGGGCCUUCUGAUCUGGAGCUGAAGGAGUUGAAGGAGAGCCUGCAGGACACCCAGCCUGUGGGUGUGCUGGUGGACUGCUGCAAGACCCUAGACCAGGCCAAAGCCGUCCUGAAAUUCAUUGAGGGGAUCUCUGAAAAGACCCUGAGGAGUACCGUUGCGCUCACGGCUGCCCGAGGAAGGGGAAAAUCUGCAGCCCUGGGAUUGGCCAUUGCUGGGGCUGUGGCAUUUGGGUACUCUAAUAUCUUUGUAACUUCCCCAAGCCCUGACAACCUCCACACUCUGUUUGAAUUUGUAUUUAAAGGAUUUGAUGCUCUGCAAUAUCAGGAGCACCUGGAUUAUGAGAUUGUUCAGUCUUUAAAUCCUGAAUUUAACAAAGCAGUCAUCAGAGUGAAUGUGUUCCGAGAACACAGGCAGACUAUUCAGUAUAUACACCCUGCAGAUGCUGUGAAACUGGGCCAGGCUGAACUUGUUGUGAUCGAUGAAGCAGCUGCCAUCCCCCUCCCCCUGGUGAAAAGCCUACUUGGCCCGUACCUCGUUUUCAUGGCAUCCACCAUCAACGGCUAUGAGGGCACUGGCCGGUCACUGUCCCUCAAACUAAUUCAGCAGCUUCGACAACAGAGUGCCCAGAGCCAGGUCAGCACGACAGCUGAGAACAAGACCACAACGACAGCCAGACUGGCAUCAGCUCGAACACUGCACGAGGUUUCCCUCCAGGAGUCAAUCCGAUAUGCCCCCGGGGAUGCAGUGGAGAAGUGGCUCAACGACUUGCUGUGCCUGGACUGUCUCAACAUUACUCGGAUCGUCUCAGGCUGCCCUUUGCCUGAAGCCUGUGAGCUCUACUUUGUUAAUAGAGAUACCCUCUUUUGCUACCACAAGGCCUCUGAAAUUUUCCUCCAACGGCUUAUGGCCCUCUACGUGGCUUCUCACUACAAGAAUUCUCCCAAUGACCUCCAGAUGCUUUCGGAUGCACCUGCCCACCACCUCUUCUGCCUUCUGCCUCCUGUGCCCCCCACCCAGAAUGCCCUGCCAGAGGUGCUGGCCGUCGUCCAGGUGUGCCUUGAGGGGGAGAUUUCCCGCCAGUCCAUCUUGAACAGUUUGUCUAGAGGCAAGAAGGCUUCUGGGGACCUGAUCCCAUGGACAGUGUCAGAACAGUUCCAAGAUCCAGACUUCGGUGGUCUUUCUGGUGGAAGGGUCGUUCGGAUUGCUGUUCACCCAGACUAUCAAGGGAUGGGCUAUGGCAGUCGAGCUCUGCAGCUGCUGCAGAUGUACUAUGAAGGCAAAUUCCCUUGUCUUGAGGAAAAGGUCGUUGAGACAUCACAAGAAAUUCGCACCAUAAGUAGUGAGGCUGUCAGCUUGUUGGAAGAGGUCAUCACUCCGCGGAAGGACCUGCCUCCCUUACUCCUCAAGUUGAAUGAGAGGCCUGCUGAGCGCCUGGACUACCUGGGUGUUUCCUAUGGCAUGACCCCCAGGCUCCUCAAAUUCUGGAAACGAGCUGGAUUUGUUCCUGUGUAUCUGAGACAGACCCCGAACGACCUGACCGGAGAACACUCCUGCAUCAUGCUGAAGACGCUGACCGAAGAGGACGAGACUGACCAGGGAGCCUGGCUCUUGGCCUUUUGGAAAGAUUUCCGAAGGCGGUUCCUGGCCUUGCUCUCUUACCAGUUCAGCACCUUCUCUCCUCCGCUGGCUCUGAACAUCAUUCAGAACAAGAACAUGGGGAAACCAGCCCAGCCAGCCCUAAGGCGGGAGGAGCUGGAAGCGCUCUUCCUCCCCUACGACCUGAAGAGGCUGGAGAUGUAUUCACGGAACAUGGUGGACUAUCAUCUCAUCAUGGACAUGAUCCCAGCCAUCUCCCGGAUGUACUUCCUGAACCAGCUGGGGGACCUGUCCCUGUCUGCUGCCCAGGCGGCCCUUCUGUUGGGGAUUGGCCUGCAGCAUAAGUCUGUGGACCAGCUGGAAAAGGAGAUUGACCUGCCAUCGGUCCAGCUGAUGGGACUUUUCAACCGGAUCAUCCGCAAAGUCGUGAAGCUCUUCAGUGAAGUGCAGGAAAAGGCCAUUGAGGAGCAGAUGGUGGCUGUGAAGGAUGUGGUUAUGGAGCCGACAAUGAAGACGCUGAGUGAAGACCUGGAUGAAGCAGCAAAGGAGUUCCAGGAGAAACAUAAGAAAGAAGUAGGAAAGCUGAAGAACAUGGACCUCUCUCAAUACAUAAUCCGUGGGGAUGACGAAGAGUGGAAUGAAGUUUUGAACAAAGCUGGGCAGAAUGCCUCCAUUGUCAGCCUGAAGAGUGACAAGAAAAGGAAGUUGGAAGCCAAACAAGAACCCAAACAGAAGAAAAAGUUGAAGAAAAACAGAGAUAUGAAGAACAAAAAAGAUACGAAACUGAAGCGGAGGAAAUAG